AUGAAUGCGACUCUAGCAAGCCAUUACCGUAAGUCUACUUUCGGACAUUGCACCCGAGCAACAUCUGGUCACAGGUUCUUCAGCGUAGUUUGUCUAAUGUUCUCGAAGAAAAUUUAA